AUGUACUUCUUCACACUUCUCCUUACUGCAGUCGCCGUAUCAAAUGGGAUGCCACUGACUACCGACAGUUCGGCCAAUGUUGAAAGGCUCCAAUUUCCUUUGAAGAAACUCGAACAUUUGACUGACAAAGCUCUUACAUCUGUGAUUCAUGGUGCUCUCGAAGAGGAGGAAAGCCCCGAUUCAAAGGCGUGGCACUCAUCGAAACUAAGAGAUAUUGAGGAUCUCGAAUGUCCAGAUCCAGUUGAAACACUUAUCAAGAGACUGAGGAAAGUCAAAAGAAACGUGGCAAUGGAAUUCGCUGAUUCAUCAGACCCUCCAGUGCUAUGGGAAAAAGUCAAUGGACGCCUUGAGGAUAGGGCAUCAAAGAGCGUUUUGGAGUAG